AUGUGUAUCAAUCUUUUAUCAUCUAUCUAUCUAUCUAUCUAUCUAUCUAUCUAUCUAUCUAUCUAUCUAUCUAUCUAUCAUCCUGUCAUUAUCUAUCUAUCUAUCUAUCUAUCUAUCUACACUCAUUGUGUGAUACGUAACCUUUUCAUUAUCUAUCAGUCUGUUCAUAUCUAUCUAUCUAUCUAUCUAUCUAUCUAUCUAUUUCAGUCUGUUCAUAUCUAUCUAUCUAUCUAUCUAUCUAUCUAUCUAUCUAUCAGACUAUUGAAAUCUAUCUAUCUAUCUAUCUAUCUCAAUCUUCUCAUAUAUAUGUAUUUAUCUAUUUCAAGUGAUAGAUUAAUUUUCAUUAUCUAUCUAUCUAUCUAUCUAUCUAUCUAUCUAUCUAUCUAUCUAUCUAUCUUCACGUGCCUGUAUGUCAACAUCAUUCCUUAUUCACGAUCUUUACACUCUGUGUUCCUUUCUUCGUUACUAUUGUUAGCAACAUCGUUCAUUUUGUUCCCCUCGCGUUCUAUCCUUACGUUUUUCCUUGACAUCACUAUCUACACUUCGACCAGUGGGGUGUUCAGUCUCAUGGAGCAGAUAAAACCGAUGGCGGGCGACAGCACUGAAGCCGUUACCGUAGUGGCGAUCACUGAGGCACAAACGGCACCCGAUCAUCGUGAAGACAAAGAAGGAAUUGAAGAAGAAGAAGAUGAAGACGAGGAAGAAGCGGGUUGCGUCAGACCAGCGCCGAAUCAAUCGCCAGUGGCUCAUACGUCCGAUGUCGAUGCUCCAUCCCCACCAAUGACUUCAGCAUCUUCCGCCGCGUUUUUCUUCUUCUUCUUCAUCUUUCUUUACCGACAGCCAUUCUUUCUUUUGUGCCUGUUUUUUUUUCUCUCCCUCGACCAUCUUAGGAAGCUUCUUCUUCUUCUUCUUUUUCUUCUUCUUUUUCUUCUUCUUCUUCUUCGUUCGUUUUUACUUCUUUUUUUUCUCUUUACCUCACUCUUUAACUCCUUUCCCAAACUUCCCACCAGCUUUUUCACCCUCUUUACCAUUAUCAUCAUAAUAAUCAACCUCUCACUUGCUCUCCUUACCGUUCUCGGGGUCCGUCCAGGCGGCCAGGGAGUAAGAAGAGUCGGUUAA